AUGUCGAAAUUAGAUCAAAUACUUUCAUUUGCCGAGGAGAUAGAAGCACGAUCAAAUAAACUAACUGAUGCCACUUCUGCUUCAAUAGAUCUAAUCAGCCACAUUUCCUACAUUAAUCAACAACUUUUACAAAAUGAUUACGAUAUCGAUGAGAUUCGCCAUUUGAUGAACACUAAUCAAUCAUGUAUGAUUCAGUUGAGCGCCUUGAAUGAGAAAUCAUUUUACUUGGAGUCGAAUCUACCGAUUAAUGAUUGCAUUACUAAUCAAACUAGUUUUGAGAAUUUGAAUACUGAAUAUAAUCAUAUCCUACUGAAAUUGGCGGCCAAUAAUCAAGUCAGUAGUGAUGGCGAUUAUGAAUAUGAACAAGAUCUUGCGUCUAAUUUGCAACAAAUAAAUAUUGAUGAUAGCUAUAUCGACGAUGAGAGCGGGGAAGAAGAUGAAGAAGAAGAUGAACUCGACCAAGAAGAUUAUGUAAAUGACGCCCAAUUAGAAUCGACAUCUCCAACACUAGAACCACCUGAUUUGAAAAAGAUGAUUUCGAUAUCCAACUUGCAACUCAAACCAAUGCGCUGUGCAUCUUCUUCCUCAACUAAUGCAACACUGCAACCACGAUCGAUUCUGAAAAAGAAGUCACGGUAUAGACUUUCAAGUAUUUACAAUAUUAAUCCCGUGGCACUUGAAGAUUCAACAAUACAUUCAAACACAACUUCAUCGUUUACUUCGUCAUCACCGCCUUCUGAAGAUAGUGACAAGAUGAUGAAGAAUAGUUUAUCUCAGUCAUUUGAUACUAUUGAGUCGCAUUUCUCAAUCCAUCAUGGUCCAAUUGACAAAGACGGCCAAUACAAUGUAAAUUCUCAACCUAAUGCAGAUGACGGACAAGUUGGCGCAGCUUUGCCUCAAGCAUCACCCCUAAUGCAUAAUAAACACACUAGAUCCAAUUCUUUGCCUACAUCGUCAACCAAAUCCAUCGACCAAACGGAAUUAUUCAAAGAGCUCGACUACCAGGAAGAUUAUUUGCGAUUUAACCGACUAAAGCAUUUCAUCAGUAUAAGCAACUUACCCAAGCGUGCUAAAAAUACCACUGCUAUGGGAGGCGCACAAGGACUAGAUGAAGAUGAUGAUGACGAUUUAUUCUAUCACGAAUUUGAAAAAUCGUUAACGCCACAACAAUGUCUUGACAAUUGUGAUGUUUGCUCAGUAAUAUCAGACAUAUCGUAUUAUUCACCUGAAAAACAAGGUUGUAUUGAAGAAAUUGCCAACCCCCAGGAUUCCAAUUUGGACUUUGAUACGUAUAAUCAGUUCUUGCGCAAAUCUAAAUUGAACUUGAACGAAGCUUAUCACAAUGCAUUCCCUCAUCUUUAUCGACAAAACAAGGAAGAUGCAGGUCUAGAUCAGCAACCACAACAUCAAUCACCACAACAGGCAACACAACUUCAUCACCCUAAUCACCAUUUCAAAAACCCUAUUGCUACAAUCGGUAGCACUACACCACAUACAGUGAGUCCUACUUUAGACACCACUUUCCAACAACAACAAUACCAUCCAGUAUCAACUAGCCAGUCAUCGGGCAAAUUAUCAUGUAAAUUAUUGAGUCAAGUAAUUUCACGAAGUCCCGCUACUGUUACUACUACUACUGUUAAUAGAGAUGCAUUUGCUACACCAUCAACCCUGCCCAAACAAUCACCUACAUUCUUAACAUCAUCGCCUCCAUUACCUAUUAAAUCAUCAUCGCCGGCGUCGUCGAAGCUCAAUUCAAUGGUGACAAAAUCUUCACCAUCAACCGCUACAUCACCAUCGCCAUUACUUUUUGGCUCAUCAUCGUCACCUUCAUUCACCCAUAAUCUCAUCAACUUCAUGUCUAUUUCUAAAAUGCAUGAGCAUAACCAACAACGCCACUCACUGCAGCAAUUGCACCACGCCCAGCCAUUUAUGAAACCCCCUACUCCGGAAAAGAUUAGACUAUUGAAGAAACAAAAACGGUUGAAACGGCAUGUACCUAUUCUGAUCCCCAAUGAAGCCCAAUUGAAACGAAUACCACCACAAUUGAACCAUACAAAUGGAAGUAAAUCAGGCAGUGCAAAUGUAACUAGGACUGGAACUAGUAAUAGUUUUCGAAAUGAAGGUGGAUCGUUUUCGAAAUUGACAAUAUUACGAAAUCAAAAGUACAUCAAUCAUGGCGAUUCAUCAAUUUUUAAUAAUCCAAUUAUGCGCGGUUGUAAUGAAGAUGCAAUACGAGAGGCUUUAAGUGCUAGUUUGCUUGAAUAA